GUACCAGUGCUGUUGAUAGUAGUAGGAGUUACGUGUUAAAACAAACCUCUUCAUAUUAUCGUAAGAGAGGACUAAUUAAACGAGGAUUAAUAAUAAUUAAAAAAAAUAUAUCCUGCUUUUCUUGAGUGAUUCACUUUGGAAACGGUUAGCUUUCGUCAGCUGGGGGUUUUAGUUGGAGAAAAAGAUGUUGAAAGUUUACCUCAUGUUGGUUUUGUCAGCGGUGGCUGUCUUCGCAGAAUCGGUACGAGAAAUGGAAACAUGGGUACCUCUGGAAAAUAAGUUGUCCUUUGAGGAUCUCGAGUCCUCCGGUGAUUCUACAAACAGAGAUUUUGAGUUCACUGACAUAAACCCAACAACUGACGAUGAGGAUGGCUUUGACGAAGACGACAGCGACGAUUAUGAUGACAUGUCAGGCUCUGGAGAUACAGCGUUCACCCCAGAUAAAGAGAAUGAGGUCAUCGAUAACAUGAUCCCUGAUCGUGAGCGUCCAGUUCCCCCAAAGCCCACUAUUAACGAUGAGGUGCUGAUCAAGAACAAUGAGGUUGCACUGGGUAAACUACCAAACCAAGACGAUUCUCAAACCAGUAAUGUGCACAUGUCUCACGCUGGAGACGAGAGCUUCUUCAAUAAUACAGAGGUGCUUGUGGCGGUUAUUGCUGGCGCAGCAGUUGGUCUCAUCUUCGCCAUAUUUCUCAUCAUCCUCCUCGUCUACUUUGUUCUCCGCAUCAAGAAAAAGGACGAAGGAAGUUACGACCUCGGCAAGACACCCAUCUACAAGAAAGCGCCCACCACAGAAAUCUAUGCAUGAGCAUACAUACAAACACAUUUUCUCUCUCUUUCUAUCCUUUGAACUAUAAGCUCACACAGUGCCUCAGCCCAACGGGCCGCAGUCAACCUCUCACGAACCAUGACAAACACAGAAGGACCUCACAGGAAUAAUUACUGACUGGACAUUUGCAUUGAAAUCUCGAUGAAAUCUGCAUUGAAAAGUGACUCAGAGGAUAGCGUCUGUUGCCAAACCGCUCAAUUCAAAAGAUGAUGUUGUCUUUUUGUUUUUGCUCCAUCUCAAUUUAUUGCCUGUGUCAUGUGGCCCAUUGCGCCCAUUUAUUUUUAGAACACUACAAGAUGCAAUGGAGCUUUCAUAGGUUAAAGGCUUUGGAUCACCAAUUGGUGCUACAGAGGGGUGGUUACAGUAGCCUUUUUAAAAUGUCUUUUGUUUUUAAAUGUGUGCUGUUGAUCUUAUUAAAUAGAGAUGAAACCAAAUUGAGGGCAUGCAGUAUAUCUUUGAAAUGAAAUUGUGUUUUGCUACGGAGAGCAACAUUUGAAAUCAGUGUGCUAUACUAAUGUAUACCUAUUUCGAUCAACGUGUCGGAAGAUAAUGUACAUUCCACAUAUCCGUAUGUGAUAGCUGUGGUGGUUUUAUAAAAGUGAAUUCAGAGACUAGAUCCACUACAGUGCUGCUUGACUGUCAGCUAAGCUACUUUAUCUGGUACAGAUUUUGCUGUUGAUUGAAAAUCUGCUUGCCGCAAACAGAUAUUGAACAUCCAGGGAUCAGUGUAAAUAGCCAUUUGAAUAAAAUGUAAAACUUUGGUACUUAGCCAUUUCUUGACAGCCUUUUUUUAUUUACCAAAUAUUUAAAUGCCAAAAUCCAAACGUUUCAUUCUUAUUUCAUCCAGAUAUUCGCUUUUUGAUGUAAAACAUGUACGUGAAACUCAGUUGCAUCUGUAUCUAUUCGAGAACAAUGACCAAUGCUUAUACUAACUUUUUGUCUCUCUUCACUGUUUUUGUAGAUGUUCAUUCUUUUACUGGUAUUAUUAUUAUUAUUAUUUGUUUUUUAUUAUUUUUUAUUAUUUAACUAUCAUAUUUUAUUGCCUGCCUUCAGGUUGGGGCUUUCUCCCCCUCUCAGCUGUUGUACAUGUGAUUAUUUUUUAUGGUUUUUAGAUUUUGUUUUAUACACAGUAGUGCAAAAAUUCAAAGGCUGUUAGUGUUUCAAGAGAUUUUUUUUAAAGAGAGUUUCUAUUUCCUUUUAGACCUUUUUUUAAACUGAAUCUAUUUAUGUUUUGUAGAAGGAUGUUCUGGAUUAGUUAAUGGGGAUGUGAAUAAGCCAUGUGAUACUUCCAUGGUGAAAAAUAAUACAAAUCUGCUGCUUUGUUUGGUCAUAUCCAGAUAAAAAUCACUGAUGUAAUGAAGUCAAUGAAUCAUUGAUUUCUACAUGCAGGCUCUGAUCUGUUGAAAAUAAAGCUAUUUUAUGAACAUAA